CGUGCAGAGUGGAUUUAAGUUGAGUGACAAAAAUCGGAAUUCCCUAUGACGCGAGAUCAAGGCGAAUCCCACGAUUAAAGGAACACCUUAGAAAAGUUAACACGUCGUUAAUGCAAACGUUUGACUUUAGUGAAGUUUGACAACGGAACUACCUUUUAAAAGCACCUCCACAACAAAGACGCAAACAGUUCAGAUAACAGUUUCUGCUCUGUGACUUGUGGGUGAAAAAAGGACUCUACGCUCAAAUGGAUCCGUUGUUGGGUCUCUGCGCCUUAGCUGUUUUGUUCGUUUUAUGGAUCAAAGUAAAGGGUCUAGAUUAUGUUCUAGUUCACCAGCGAUGGAUAUUCGUUUGCCUUUUUCUCCUGCCGCUAUCCGUCGUUUUUGAUGUUUAUUAUUACGUGCGAGCAUGGGUCAUUUUCAAGAUGUGUUCUGCCCCGAAACUGCAUGCCGAGCGCGUCAGGGCUGUUCAGAGGCAGGUUCGCGAUUGGAAAAAAGAGAACAGGAAAGUCCACAUGUGCACAGGCCGUCCUGGUUGGCUCACCGUGUCUCUGAGGGUGGGCAAAUAUAAGAAGACCCACAAGAACAUCACAAUCAAUAUGAUGGAUAUCCUGCAGGUGGACACAGAAAGACAGGUGGUCCGUGUGGAGCCUUUGGCAAACAUGGGUCAGGUGACCCACUUACUGAACUCCAUUGGCUGGACACUGCCGGUCGUGCCUGAGCUUGAUGACCUCACAGUAGGGGGACUGAUAAUGGGCACAGGUAUAGAGUCCUCUUCUCAUAUCUAUGGUCUGUUCCAACACAUCUGCGUAGCAUAUGAGUUAGUGCUUGCAGAUGGCAGUCUGGUCCGUUGUACUGAGAAAGAGAACUCCGACCUGUUCUACUCAGUUCCGUGGUCCUGUGGAACGCUGGGCUUCCUGGUAGCAGCCGAGAUCCGGAUCAUUCCGGCACGUAAGUGGGUGAAGCUGCGCUAUGAGCCCGUGCGGGGUCUGGACGCUGUCUGCAGGAGGUUUGCAGAGGAGUCAGACAACAAGGAGAACCAGUUUGUGGAGGGUCUGCAGUUUUCACUGGAUGAGGCUGUGAUUAUGACUGGCACCAUGACCGACCAUGCAGAGCCGGAAAAGAUCAACCGUAUUGGCUUCUACUAUAAGCCCUGGUUCUUCAAGCACGUGGAGAGCCACCUGAAGGAGGGCCGUGUAGCUGUGGAGUACAUCCCCCUCAGACACUACUACCACAGACAUACACGCAGCAUCUUCUGGGAGCUGCAGGACAUCAUUCCAUUUGGGAAUAACCCGUUGUUCCGAUAUGCGUUUGGCUGGAUGGUUCCUCCUAAGAUCUCUCUGCUGAAGCUGACCCAGGGAGAGACCAUCCGCCGUCUGUACGAGCAGCACCAUGUCGUGCAGGACAUGCUGGUCCCCAGCAAGCACAUGCACACGGCCAUCUCACGCUUCCACCAGGACGUCCACGUGUACCCGCUGUGGCUUUGCCCGUUCAGUUUGCCCCAUCAGCCAGGCAUGGUGCACCCCAAGGGAGAUGAGGAAGAGCUGUAUGUGGACAUAGGUGCCUAUGGUGAGCCCAGAGUGAAGCAUUUCCAGGCUCAAACCUCCAUGCGGCAGCUCGAGAAGUUUGUCAGGGAUGUCCACGGUUUCCAGAUGCUUUAUGCAGAUGUGUACAUGGAGCGGCAGGAAUUCUGGGAAAUGUUUGAUGGAACACUGUAUCAAAAGCUCAGGAAGGAGUUGGACUGUGAAGGAGCUUUUCCUGAAGUCUAUGACAAAAUCUGCAAAGCUGCGCGCCACUGACUUUAGUGUCGACUCAAAUCAGGGAAGAAUAAGAUGUUUCAAACACAUUUUUUAAAACAAACUAAUCAUAUCUGAGCCAUUUUGCAAAUAACAUUUCCAUUUCUGGGGAGCCAGAAAACACAACUGAGUUACAUGACUCUCAAAAUAUGUCUUCCACAUUUGUGCAGAAGUCUGGACAUGCACAGCCUAUUCGCAGAAAGGGAAAAUGUUAAAGUAUUUUCCUACUCAAUUUUUCUGAUGUUUUCUCAUUUUUAUUUGUGACUCGUGUCUAAUGAAAAUAGUUUAAUGAAUAUACUGUAUUUUAAUUGCACUUAUAUUUCAUGCCAAUUUCUCAGUGUGCUUCUAAUAUGAUUUUGAGAUCUGGACUUAGUCAGUGUGUUUUCAUAGAGAUCUUUUUGUUUUCAUAGUUGUUCCUGUGAAACAGAACUGUAUUGCAGCACACUUUGAGUUAUGCUGAUGGAGAAAAUGUUUUCCUGUAGCUGGUAUCCAUCAUAGUGGCUA